AUGUCGAGCAGCAAAGACCGGCUCGAAGUGUCUACGCCCUCAGACUGGCCAGACAGGUCACUUGCCAGCUUGGACGAAGCUUUGCGGUGCCCCAUAUGCUCAGACUACUAUACUCGUCCAGUCAUGCUCGCUUCGACUUGCCGGCACUCUUUCUGCUCGAUCUGUGCCAGAGAAUACAUGACCCGUCAAUCAGAAUGCCCUACCUGUCACGUCAAAGCGAAUGAUGGACAGCUCAGAGCGGAACCGGCGCUCGAACAAGCUGUCAAUGCCUUUAUUGCGGCCAGGGCCAGCCUCUUGGAACGAUUCACAAGGUCUGCAAAGACCAAGCGACGAUCAGUCAGUCCGUCAAAUGAGUCUCGCUCUACCAAGCGACCCAAACACUCUCCAGCCGUCACCAAUGGCUCGGGUAAGUACAAGCCGCAGCGCAAUGGCAAGCACAAUCAGCCCAUCGUACUCGAUGACGACGAUCAGCCUGACAGCAAAGCGAGCUCCGUUGAAGCAGUAGACGAGCCGACAUCUAGCCUCGAAGUCAUCAACAUGGACGAUGUCAAGACGAUUGUCCAGUGCCCCGUGUGCGACGGCAAGCUACGUAAUGGCGAUGCCGCCAACCAUCUCACGGUCUGCAAAGGCCAACCGGAUGAACAUGGCAAUGCCGUCGGGCGAUGUGUGAGCCUUUCCGCGCAGACCUCUGCGAAGCAAGGAUGGGGAUCCAUAGGCAUGCAAUCUACAGCUCCACCUGUAUUCCCCUUUGCUGGAAAAAGAAUCGCAAAAGUCAACUAUGCCAACAAGACAAAGCCGCAGCUCAAGAAACUUCUACAGGAGAUGAUGUUGCCUGCGGAAGGAGAGAUUGAUACAUUGCGAGAUCGUCAUCACCGCUUCAUCAUGCUACACAACGCCAACCUUGAUUCGGAGAAGCCGGAUUCGCACGAAGAGAUCAAGAAGGAGCUAGCAAAAUGGGAGAGGUUGCAAGCAGUUGAGCUUGCGCCCGUUCUGGCCACCUUUUCUUCCGAACGCGAUAAGCCCAACCCGACAAGCGCGAUCAAAAGCCAUUAUGACACCCACAAAGACCACCAGCAUCCGUACAUCCUGACUAUCUCGACUUUCUCGAACGUGCUCAGGCCUCACAGAAGACGCUUUGUUCGCUUCCGCUUCAAGAGCGCUCUCGUCGGACCUCCGAGCACAACCUCGAGGGUCUGCUCAGACGAACAUACCUACCCGCUCAGACUAUUGCGUCAAGUCGAAGCGUUUGUACUGUCACCGAUGGCUCGUUACGACGAAGAUGCAGAUUGGCAACCUGAGCAAGACGUGCACCCCAGAUCUCGCUCCCUCCUUCACCAUCAAGAGCAUGAUGAUGAUAAUGAUGAUGACGAAGAAGAGGAGUAUCAUCCUCAGCAAGAGUAUCGCCCUCGUCAGCGCGGCCCUGCCCCAACGCUAAGGGCGCCCCGUCCGGACGAUGAUGAGGAGGAAGACUUCCCAGACCAGCCAUCGGACAAGCCAUUUGCUUGUGAGACAUGCGGCAAGGCAUUCGCGCGUCGAUCAGAUCUGAUCAGACAUAAUCGGAUUCAUACGAACGACAGGCCUUUCAAGUGUGACUGGCCUCGAUGUAACAAGAGCUUCAUUCAGCGGUCUGCAUUGACAGUACACAAUCGUACACAUACCGGAGCAAAGCCUCAUGCAUGCGAGCAGUGCGGUAGACGCUUCUCAGAUUCAUCCUCUCUCGCUAGACAUCGUCGCGUCCACAAUGGUACUCGACCGUACGUCUGCGACGCGUGUGAAAGAUCAUUCUGUCGCAAGAUCACGCUAUCGAAGCAUAUCAAGCGGACUCACACGCCCUUGCCAGACGUGCCUGCCAACUUUAUUCGAUCAGCAGAUGGUAGCUCCGAUAUCGGAUCGCCUCAUGCUUCCGGUGGCGGUCAUUCCGAACACGAUGGCGAGGGUGAAGAUGACCAUUCCUCAAGCAUGCAGCCGCACUUGCCUUAUUUCCAGAAUGCGCCACCGAUAGGGAGAUCUUACUCGUACGCCGGCCCAUCGACUGCGCAACUCGGCGCAUAUUCAAUGUCGCAACCCAUGUACCAAUCGCGCUCUGAUCAAGGUCCCACGAACGGCUACGGUAACAUCGGACAGCCAUCUGGAUUUGCCGGUCGUCGGAUGCCUAUACCGGAGCAGAGAGGAGCAGGCAACUUUCCCAAUCUAGCUGCUGCUGCCUCGUCCCAAUUUUACCCUCUGGACGAUUAUCCGCCUACUUAUCCUGCUCAAUUGAAUCAGUUGCCUGCCCUCACCAUGGCUUCGCAACCUGCAUUCCAGUAUGGCGAUCCAUUUGCACAGUUUCAGCAGGCUGGCAGCCGGUUUAAUUUCCAACAGGGCAGAGCACAAUUGCCGUCGAUCAAUUGGCAAGGCUCGCUUUCUCAUCCUAUCAGCUCACAAGCUCAACAUCCGCAUCCCAGCGCUCAUCCAGCUCACCCGGCGCACCCGACUCAUCCCCAGAGCGGCUAUGCUCAAGCUCAGCCGCAAUACCACCCAGGAUCGCACUACGCGCAGCAAACUUCGUUCGUGCAAUCUACGCCAGCGCAGGACGAGGUCAGGCGAUCAAGCAACAUGUUCUUGUCACGUCCAUCGCCCCCGACGAGCGAUCAGCGCGGUCAGGCCGGACCCGAGCCUAUGCAGACGCGUAGCCAGCCGCAGCUGAAUCCGCCUGCAUCCUCUGACGCGCCUGCACCUGUUGCUCCUGAUAAGCGAGCUGUGUUCAAUGCUGCAGAGUGGCAGCAAGAUGCCUACUACUCGCCUGCGCAGUCAUCUCUUGACUAUUCGGGAGUUCACGAUCGAAGCUUCGACGAGGAUGACCAAGGCGACGACGGCUACUUUGACUAUGCACAGCAUACAGGCAGCUCAAGUAGGCAAGAUGCUCCACAACGAACCCAGCCCUCUCGUCGUGAUGCUAGCAGGACACCCUCCCCGCUACCCUCCUCCCGCCAAGAUCCUUCGAGCUCGCGCUACUAUUCCGGCGUGGCAGAGACGAUAGCAGAUGCGCCGAGGGGUGGCCCAAGCAGAGGUCAGAGCGGCAAGAAGACCACGCAGCAUCCUGCUGUACCACCUGUUCCCAGCGUACCUGCGCUCUACAGCCAACGCAAGCCUACACGUGCGGAGCCGCAGAUCCCUCUAGCCGAGAGACGGCCACGCACGAGCAGCUUCCAGCCUGAUUACAGUCUGAGCUUUGAUCAGUGGCAGAAGCCGGCUCAAGGCCCGCAAGGUUACCUGGGCGUCAGCACAAUGACUCGAUCAACGUCGCGAGAUAUCCUAGAUGACGCGGAAUCGCUGUAUCCAUACGACUCGAUCAGCAACGUCGGUGGUGCGAGAUCACCUGCCGCUGUACCUGAGGCGACCUACACGCCCAUACGAGCACAUGCAGCGGGAGCUCGAGGCAUCGACAUGAACGAUCCGUAUCCGGGUUCCACAAUUGGCCGAGACCCGGACUACUUUGGACGGGCAGUAUCUAAUCGACAGGAAGAGGAGGAAGCGAGUCCGCAUAAUGUCUAUUCGCGCGAGCAGCAUGAUUUGCUGCGAUCAACGAUGAGCUUGCAGGCGCCUAGCUAUCGUUCAGCUGCGUAUGCACAACAUGCUCCACGGCCAUCAGAUGCGCAGACACUCUACGACGAUGACGAUGAGAAGCGACUGGUCAAUUGCGCCAUCCUGCCGGCAGGCAGGCAACGUUUCUCGACAGAUACGGCUAUGACAAAAGAGUACGAUGCUGCAGAUGGGAAGUACAUGGAAGAUGGAGAUCACGCAUAUCCACCCCGGUUACGGGGUAGACAAGCAAGACCCGUCUUUCCGCCUAGACCGAAUGUUUUCUGGCGCAAUCUACGCGAUACGACGGAUCAAGAGCAAAAAGUCGACAAUCAUCGACGCGGCAUUGGCGUGCAGAAGCACCCCAUUGUCGUCUGGAUACUCAGUCUGGCCAUGAUCGCUACUUUUGCUGUCGAGAUGGUCAAUCAGUCGAAAGCGACAGGCUCGCCGUUCUCGUUCAAGCCAACCAUCAAUCCAAUGCUCGGGCCGAGCACAUGGGUGCUCAUCAACAAUGGUGCACGCUUUGAUCCAUGCAUGAAAUCAGUGCCCACGAUCACAGACAACCCAGGCCUACAAUUUCCAUGUCUGAACAACACUGCCAAUCCUGCAACGUCGCUGUGCUCGCUGGAACAGAUCUGCGGAUUUGGAGGCUUUGAUGGCAAGGUGCCUAAUCAAGGCUUUCGUUUCGUCCUUCCCAUCUUUGUUCAUGCCGGAUUGGUCCACAUCGCGUUGAAUCUGCUCGUGCAAGUGACGAGCUCGGCCGAAGUCGAACGGCAGAUGGGGUCCUUGCGGUUCUUUCUGCUCUACUUUCCCGCUGGCAUUUUCGGUUUUAUUCUGGGUGGCAACUUUGCUCUUGUCGGUCUGCCCAGCGUAGGCGCAUCAGGCGCGAUAUAUGGCACACACGCUUCGGUGUUCGUCGAUCUGGUCGCACACUGGCGAUUGGAGCCGUCGCCGAGGAAGAAACUCUUCUUCCUUCUGAUCGAAAUCAUACUCGGCUUUGGCUUGGGCUAUGUACCUGGCGUCGACAACUUCUCUCACAUUGGCGGUUUUGCAAUGGGUUUGACGUGCUCGAUACUGCUCUACCCGGUCAUACACCAUACAAAGCGUCGACGAGUCAUCUUAUACACGUUGCGCGCAAUCUCCGCGCCUGGCAUCGUGCUUAUGUUUGUGCUGCUCAUCCGCAACUUUUACACUGUCGACCCAAAUAACGCAUGCGAAUUUUGCAAAUAUAUCAGCUGCUGGCCGACUACAGCGAACAACCGUUGUCAGGGCACAGGGCUGGAGAUUCAGACGACAACGACGACCACGAAUGGCAGCUACAUGACUCUGUUCCGGCCUGAGCUGCUGCUUGGCCUCUUCUCGCUGCUUUUCGCAAGGACAUUCUAG